UGUAAAUUGGUGUGUAAAAUGCAAUGUUUAAAUAUCUGACCUUAUAUUACAGAGUUUGUUCUAUGAUAUUUAAUGCAAAAUAAAUUAUCUGUUUUUGUUCAGGUCAUGAAUACAUAAUCCCAUCUUUGGCUCAUCGAUUUAUAGCAGAGAUGGUGGACUUCUUUAUUCUUUUCUUUAUCAAGGCAUCAAUAGUUUUGAGUAUUAUGCACUUAAGUGGAAUAAAGGAUAUCUCAAAGUUUGCUAUGCACUACAUUAUAGAAGAAAUAGACGAUGAAACUUCCAUGGAAGACUUGCAAAAGAUGAUGAUAGUGGCCCUUAUCUACAGAUUGCUGGUCUGCAUCUAUGAGAUUAUUUGUAUUUGGGGAGCUGGUGGCGCAACACCUGGGAAAUUUCUGCUAGGCCUUCGAGUUGUGACAUGUGAUACAUCAGUACUUAUAGCACCAAGUCGUGUAUUGGUGAUUCCAUCGUCUAAUGUGAGCAUAACAACGUCUACAAUACGAGCUUUGAUCAAGAAUUUUUCUAUUGCUUCCUUCUUUCCCGCAUUCAUUACUCUGUUAUUCUUUCAACAUAACAGAACAGCGUAUGAUAUUGUAGCAGGGACUAUUGUAGUAAAAAGGCCUCGUCUCAGAUGAUACUCAAGGACACCUUUAUUCCACUGUUCAAAUAUACUGGAGCCACUUUGCUGGAUUGCUGAAUCUCACUCAAGAACAGUGCCAAUUACAACAUUGAGUUUGCUUUCUUCCAGAGGUGCAAUAAGUCUCGGGGACCGGUGCUGAACGGAUUUAAGAAUAUUUAAACAGAGCCAGAAUGCUCAAAAUCUUCAAAAGUCAUUGGCGGUUUCAAAGGAAUAGUAUUUCUCUUAUGAGAGGAAUACUAAUUCUGUAUCAAAAGAUAGAUUUAUUUUUAUGAACAACUGAACCAUUGUCAUUAUUGGAGCAACCAAAGCAAUUACAGUGUUUUUGAGAGAAGUUUACAGAGAACUGUAUGCUUUUGUUUUGGUGGAUUUGUAAGUGUUUGCUACUUAUAUAGAAGCCUUAUCAUUAAUUGCUCUCACAACCAUUGUAUUUUAAAUACUGAAGAGAUUUCUGUACAUGUAUUAAAUGUCUUGCAUGAUGUGAGUAUCUUGAACAAAACACAGAUUCAACAUAUCAGAUAUUAUGAAGGCAAGUAAAACUAGUAUUAAUUAACAGGUAAAUACCGAGAGCUUUGGCAGUACUGCUGUAGACAACCAAGACGAGUUCAAUUUAAUCCCUGCUUUGGAUGGUUUAUAAAUUGUUUUAUUACCCUUUUCCCAUCUUUUCCAUAAACUUACUUAAACUUUGGACUUUUCUAUAAAAGCAUAGAAAAUUUAAAGCUGUAUUUUAUUGUGUAAAACACUUAUUUCAGAUGUAUUUAACAACAGCCAAACUAAACUUUGAAUAAACCAGAGGAAAUGUAUGCAUAACCUUUUGCACCAUUUUAUAAGAAAAUGAGGUUUCUUAUUUUAAAAUAAAUCACACAAUUGCUAAAGCAAUACAAAUAGUGUAAAAAUGUAAAUUGAUACUCUUAUUUUAUCUGCCUGUGUGCCUGGGUCACUUAAAUUAUACUUAUUAAAUAAAGCCUAUUUAUUUUG